UUAUUUUCCUCCCUCCGUCUUUUGCUUUCUCUUCCCUCUCAUUUUCUCUCUCUUUCACUCUCACUCUCUCUCUCUAGAUUUCUCUCACAUCUUCUUGUUCUGAUAUCUGACCUAAUCGUCUGAUCUGGAUCGGCACCACCAAGAUCGUACCACCACCCUCCAUAUCCAAAGAGAAGAUCCCUCGAGAUCUAUUGGGGCUCUCUCUGUCGUAGAUCUGAACCCGUAGUAGUGUGUCGGCACAGCCGGAGAAGCCCCGAGUUUGUUUUUUUUUUUUUUUGCUGACGUUUUCGCGGGGGUAGCGCGCACACAGAGAUCCUUGUGGAAGAAGGAAGAAGAUGACUCCGGCGAAUUUGACAGGGCAGUUCGGGGACACCACGUACACCAAGGUGUUUGUGGGAGGGCUGGCUUGGGAGACGCAGAAGGACACCAUGAAGAAGUACUUUGAACAGUUCGGGGAGAUUCUGGAGGCCGUCGUCAUCACUGAUAAGGCCACCGGAAGGUCCAAAGGAUACGGCUUCGUGACGUUUCGAGAGCCAGAAGCUGCGAUGAGAGCGUGCGUGGAUGCGUCCCCAGUGAUAGAUGGGAGGAGAGCUAACUGCAAUCUUGCUUGCCUUGGCCUCCAAAGAUCCAAACCCUCCACGCCCAAAACCGGUGGAGGAGGGAGGAACAUGAGGGGAAUGAGCGGAUUCCAGACAGGAGGGUUUCAUGGAGGAGUGGGAGCAGCUUUUGCUUCUGCAGCAACCUUCCCCCAUUAUGCGCUCCAACAAGGCUUCCCAUAUAGUCUCUAUGCUGGGUACUCCUCCUAUUCACCAGACUACACUUACCCCACGGUCCAGAGCUACUACAGCGUGUAUGGAGGAGCUGCUGCCCAGUACCCGAUGUACGGGACCGGGCCAAGUGGGCUCAUGAAUGGCGCGGCGACGGCGUUUUACCCGUAUCUGCAUCUCGCUGGGGAAGGGAGCAGCGGAGGGUCGGGCUACAGUUCGGGCCAGAACUACGGAGUCCAGUACCCACACCACCUCUUCCACUACUCGGCCAUCAACUCGACCUCGGGCUACCCGGCGCAGCACUAUGCAGCCCCUGUGUCGCUCGCGCCCACUCCUGCUCUUCAUUCAGUGUGUUUUGCUGUGCCACAGGCGUGACGAUGGCUCUGCCUGCCCCGAUACCACAUCGCUAGACCGGACUCGUCGUCGUUUUGGUCCCAAGUCUUCUUUCCAUUUUUGCUCAGCCUUCUCUGAAGCCUCAAAGACCUUAAAGCCUAACCAUGGUUCUGUGUCUCUCUCUCUCUCUCUCUCUCUCUAUCUCUCGCUAACACUCAUGAGCCCAUGCCUUUGGCAUUCUCGGGCCAUCUCAUUCAUGCCAAGCCCUCUGUCGGGGCCAAAAAAUCACCUCCGAGAGAAUUGGAGUGUGUUUCAUGCAUCAUCAUCAUCAUCAUCAUCAUCAUCUCCUUGCAUUUUUUGUGCAAACGAGGAUUCAUCAUGACCAACUCAAAGCUAUGUUAUGGAAAUAGCCCAGAGUUGGGAGGAGAAAAAAAAAAGGCUCUUUUCUUUUUUCAAAGUCUUGGCUCUUUGGGGGAGCCUUUGACUGAUAAGAAGGUUCAUUUUAGCCCUUGGGAAAGAGGCUAAUAAGAGAAAAAGGAAAAAAGGUAAGAAACCCUUCAAAAAUGGUUAGCUAAAAUGUCUGUAAAUUUUUCACCAACCAAAAGAAAACAAAAUGGCAAGCCCAUCCUCACUUUUGGAAGUUUGACUAGUCUUAGGCUAGGCUAGGUAACUGGCUAAUCCCUCCAAAUUACUCGAAACUAAUCACCUCUCAAAAUGAAGGGUUAGUUUUAGGAAAAAAGAAAUUUAGGGCCAGGUGGGCCCCAGAUUUUGUUUGUCUUAACAUGUAGUGUCUUAAAACAUCUGUAAUUAGCACUAGGAGUUAGCCGGGCAUUUGUUAAAAUACCUCAUCAUCAAUGGUGAGUUCACACAUGAUCUAUCUACUAAUUGACCAUCAUCCCUUAGGGUAAGGGAACAUAGUCAUCUUUUGUUAUUUUUUUCUCGGAACCUUCUGUAUUUUUUUUUUCAGUAGCACUAAUGGGGGUUGAACCAUGGGAGGUCAAGCCCCAUCAAAGUAGAGACGAGUAGAAGGACUAGAUUAGGAAUUUUUCUCACCUUUUGCAUUUAGGGUUUGUAAUAACUGACCAUAACUUUGAGGUCUCCAUUAAUGGAAGAUGGAGCUCAAAGCAUUUUGCAUGCAACCCAGAUUGGGAUAUAUUUUGUUUCCCUUGGGUUCUUUCUCCUCCACUGACACCCCUUUCAAGUUUCAACCAUGGUUAGGACUUUAAGUCGUCGUCGUCAUCGUCGUCAUCCUUUCUCAUUGAAGCUCCCACCUUCCACACUCCCCACUCCCCACUCUCCCUCUUCUUUUCUCUCUUCCGUUGAUCUUCUCCAUCGCCUCAGCUCUCUCUCUCUCUCUCUCUCUCUGCAAACUUCCGUUGUUAAUUCUCUGUGGACCUUUGAUAAUGUCGUUGAUGUAUUUACGAGACUGCUUGGAUUGUAAUGUUAGCCAGCAUGCUAUGUUGGAUAUAAGUGGUUCAUCCAUCGUUCUAAGGUUGGAUGAGGAUGAAUCAGCUACUCCUUUCCUAAGUUUAUUGCCUUGAAUCGAGACUUUCAUGCGUUUUAUGUUGUUUCUUUUGUACA